CUACCCACUUGUAACUCUUGACAAUUAUUGUGAUUAUAAAUUAAACUGUUAUGAUGGUCUAAAUGCUUAAUGAUUCCGAUGUAUGGCAUUUUUAAUAUUCAAAUAAUAUAAACUUUAUAAUUCUGUUGUUGUCCAUGUAUUAAAUAUGUUUCCUUUUGAGAAAACUUGUCGUACUUGUAUGAAGAGUAACGUAUCUUUAAUUAAUUUAUUUCGGCCCUUGAAAAUCGAGGAAAAUUGCUCGUUAAAUCUCGCAGACGUGUUAAUGUUAACAAAUACACUAGAGGUCAGCGUAGAAGAUGGGUUGCCUCAAAAUGUAUGUGAAGAAUGUGCGAAAGUUUUACAAACAAUAUAUUCUUUCCGAAGGAAAGCGCAAAAAGCAGAAACUGAAUUAAAAAUAUUGUGUGUAUCACACAUGAAAGAUGAAAUAGAUUUUGCAUACAAAGAAGAAGUAGAGUAUACAAAUCCUUACAAAUACUUAGAAUAUUCAAACCACAACAUUGAAGCUAGAACAUAUAUUUGUGACAUUUGCAACAAACAAUUUCAUAAACACAAAAAGUUUUUGAAUCAUUUAGCAUCUCAUGAAAAUCGUAAAUACAAAUGUACUACUUGUAAUAAAUCCUUCCAUAAACAGUCUUCAUUGAACAAACACAUUAGUAAACACAUUGAAGUAACAGAUUGCGGAAACCCUGAUGAAUUAUCGGCAAAUGCCAUUGAUAUUGAUGUGAAACUAGAAGAUAUCAAUGAUUUAUAUAAAUGUCCGGAAUGCAACCUAGUAUUUGAGACUCAGUCGUGUUUGUUAGAUCACAUGAAAGAACAUGUCGCAUCUAGCGCAAUAUAUGUGUGUGAUAUUUGCAAGAAAAAUUUCUAUUUAGAGACAGUUUUCAAACAUCAUAUGGAAGAACACAGUAAACCGCAGACAAAUCCAAAUCAAUGCAUGAAAUGUCUCGUUAAUUUUGUUAGCACCGAAAGCCUUUUACAGCAUAUCGACAUCUGCAAUCCUAACAGGGAAGUGAAGUUGGAGAAUUACAAUGAAUACGAAUAUUUGGACUCCGAUGUGAUAUUCAAAGAUAAAUCAUAUUUAGAUAAUUUAGAAAAUCAAGAGGAGGAUAAACGUAAGAAAAUAUUCAAAUGCGACAAUUGUAGUAAGUCAUUCUCGUUGAAGACGUUGCUGAGACGUCACAUGAGGCUACAUUCCACUAGCAAACCGUUCCAAUGUACGAAGUGCUCCAAGUGUUACACACGCCAAGACCAGCUGGCGGCACACAUGAGAAUUCAUGACGGAUAUAAACCGUAUGCCUGUCCACAUUGUAGCAAAGCAUUUUCCCAGCUGUGCAGUCUUAAAGACCAUGUCCGUACUCACACAGGGGAGACGCCGUUUCUGUGUUCCCAAUGUGGCAAGGGCUUCGCUAACAGUUCCAAUUUAAGACAGCAUUUAAGAAGGCACACUGGUGUGAAACCGUUUGCUUGUAGUCUAUGCCCUAAGACAUUCUCAACCAAAGGUCAAAUGAAACAGCACAUAGACACACACACAGGCGUACACCCGUACAAGUGUAGUGUUUGCGGCGCCUCCUUCACUAAACCUAACUCGUUAAAGAAACACAAGUUAAUACAUCUCGGCGUGAGACCGUUUGCUUGCGACACUUGUAAUAUGAGGUUUACAUGCAAGGACCACCUGACUCGCCACAAAAGGAUUCAUACCGGAGAACGGCCGUACCGCUGUACACACUGCACUCGGACCUUCACACAGAGCAAUGACCUCAAUAAGCAUGUGCGGGCCCACCUCGGACAGAAUAUCUAUCAAUGCACCGUAUGUCAAGCUAAAUUCAGAUUAAUGAGAGAAUUAAAAAGCCACUACCCGGUGCAUUACAUCAACGACCAAGGGGAGUCACAGAGCGAGCCGGUGAAGAAAGACAAACAGACAGACGGACAGAUCACUAUAACAUUCAAUAGAAAUGUAUUAGAUAAAGACAGUUUAGGAGAUAUCACCAUAAACAUAACACCAGACAAAAUAACCAACUGAUAAACAAACACACUAAUAAAGAAAAUGAAGUAAUUCAAAUUUAGAAUCUGUAUCCGUUAUAAAUUAAUGCCAACAAAGACAUUGCUAUUAAAACUACUAUUAUUACCUAAAAAAUAUUUAUUCCAUUAUAAAUAUAAUUAAAUCUCAUUAAUUACUUAUAUUUGCUUCUUUAAUUUAGUAUAUUUUUAGAUCUUCCUUAACUUAAAAGAAACAAGCUAUGGACCAAAAUCACUUGAAUAUUAUUUAAAUGUAUUACUGAAUAGUUUAUAUUUAUGUAGGUGUUUUAAUAUUAUUAUGCGAGGCUUAUUUUCAUAUACUCUGUCAUGUUCCUUAAAAAAGUAGUGAUUUGUUAUCUGUAUUAAUAUAUAAGAUCUUGAUAUCACAUAUCCUUGAUCUUAUUAUGUGGGAAUGUAAUGGUAAAUUUAUGUUGAGUGAUAUUUAUUUGAGGUCGUAUGUACCGGCAGUGAUAUUAUGCCUUAUAUUUUAUUCUAGCUUUAUAAUAUUAAGGUAUUCUCUAAAAGGGUGCGAAAUAGCGGCUAUGUGAACGAGUUGUUUAAAUGAAUUGGCGCCUUUUUUAACGUCAAAGUAAUGUCAAAAUUGUUAUUCUAUUCGAUCUUUUGUUUAGAGACUACACAGAUAAUAUAUUUUGCGUAAGCGUUGAAUUAUUUCUUAUUAUUAUAAUCUAUGUAUUUAU